AUGGUAACCGAGGAACAGUUCUUCGGAAGAAGCUACUACACCUGCUGGAAGCGAUGUGCAUCUCCAGCUUCAAAAGACCGCCAGUCGAAUACUACCUUCCUAACCCGCGCCGGUUUCGAAGUAAAAUCCGCUGGCGUAUCCCUCAAGAACGAAGUUUAUGCGCACAUGUCACGCAACAUCCGUAUCGUGCCCGACUACCAAAACCUCGUCUCCGUCCCCUCACAAACGGCGCACGAUUACUUUGAUAUUCUGAUCUUGCCUGGUGGCGCACCAGGAGCAAAGACGUUUUGCUCCAACGACGCUGUCUUGGAACUUAUCAGCAGUUUCCGGAAGAAGGGAAAAUGGGUUGCGGCGAUUUGUGCGGCGACGACGGCGCUGGUUGCUGCGGAGAAGACGUCUGGGGAGGAGGGGAAGAAGAGGGUCACUAGUCACCCGAGUGUGAAGGAGGAGAUUUUGACGGCUGGUUGGCAAUAUAGUGAGGAUAGGGUGGUGGUCGAUGGGAAUGUUGUUACGAGUCGGGGACCAGGGACUGCGAUGGGAUUCUCACUGAAGAUUGUGGAGCUGCUGUGUGGGAAGGAGAAGAGGGAUGAGGUUGCUGGGCCGAUGGUUGUUGCUGAGACUUUGUGA